GAUGGAGGCGGUCCGUGUCCUGUCCGUCUGGGCGGUUGUUUUGGCGUCCUGGUGCUUUUCAUUCCUUCUCUCCCGUCUCCCGAUAACUCUAUGGUCACGGUUCUGGGCCCUUGGCCAGGGCUAAGGGAGGACUUCCGGGGAGGGGACCACACAGAUCUUUAGUGGUCAAGGUCUUUAUGUCUGUCUGCUCGGCCCGGUUUGGAAAGGAGAGCUCUGCCCAGGGCCCUGGCAGUGGAGAACACACUGUUUACUGCUAGGGAACUUUCCCCCAGGCUUACAAUGCCAACUUCCCAGUGGCUGCGUGUCCCCGAGCCUCGCCUCCUCUGUCUUGUUCCAAGCUGUGGGUGUCAGAGCCAGGGAGACCGCAUUUCUGCUGUCUCCUCGGACCCUGUCUCUACAUCUCUUCGAGUUUCCAGCUGCCUCCCAGACGAGUGGAAACGCAGAGGCAGAGGCCAGCUGUUGUCCUUGGAGGAAGCUGCGGAAGGCCAGCCCCGUGACCAUCCCCAGCUGAUGUCAUCCUGGUCCCUCCAUCGUGACCCUCGUGAUGGGGGCAGCCACAGCAUCCAGGACUCCCAGGUUCCCAGUCUGGUCUCCAGGACCGACAGUUCCCCCUCCAGUCCCCCCUCCAGUCCCCCCGGACACAACUGGGAGAUGAAUUAUCAAGAGGCGGCAAUCUACCUCCAGGAAGGCCAGAACAACGACAAGUUCUUCACGCACCCCAAGGAUGCCAGGGCGCUGGCGGCCUACCUCUUCGCACACAACCACCUCUUCUACCUGAUGGAGCUGCUCACCGCCCUGCUGCUGCUGCUGCUGUCGCUGUGCGAGUCGCCCGCCGUCCCCGCGCUCCGGCUCGGCAUUUACGUCCACGCCACCCUGGAGCUGUUUGCCCUCAUGGUGGUGGUGUUUGAACUCUGCAUGAAAUUGCGGUGGCUGGGCUUCCACACGUUCGUCCGGCACAAACGCACCAUGGUCAAGACAUCUGUCCUGAUGGUGCAGUUCAUCGAGGCUAUCGUGGUGCUGGUUCGGCAGACGUCCCAUGUGCGGGUGACCCGGGCGCUGCGCUGCAUUUUCCUGGUCGACUGUCGGUACUGUGGCGGCGUGCGGCGCAACCUGCGGCAGAUCUUCCAGUCACUGCCACCUUUCAUAGACAUCCUCCUGUUGCUGCUCUUCUUCAUGAUCAUCUUUGCCAUCCUGGGUUUCUACUUAUUCUCCACUAACCCUUCCGACCCAUACUUCAACACCUUGGAGAACAGCAUUGUCAACCUGUUCGUUCUCCUGACCACAGCCAACUUUCCAGAUGUGAUGAUGCCCUCCUACUCCCGGAGCCCCUGGUCCUGCAUCUUCUUCAUCGUGUACCUCUCCAUCGAGCUGUACUUCAUCAUGAACUUGCUCCUGGCCGUGGUGUUCGACACCUUCAACGACAUCGAAAAGCGCAAGUUCAAGUCCUUGCUGCUGCACAAGAGAACCGCCAUCCAGCACGCCUACCGCCUGCUCGUCAGCCAGCGGAGGCCGGCCGGCAUCUCCUAUCGACAGUUCGAAGGCUUGAUGCGCUUCUACAAGCCCCGGAUGAGCGCCAGGGAGCGCUUCCUGACUUUCAAGGCCCUGAAUCAGAGCAACACACCUCUGCUCAGCCUGAAGGACUUCUAUGAUAUUUACGAAGUUGCUGCUCUACAGUGGAAGGCCAAGAAGAACAGACAGCAUUGGUUUGAUGAGCUGCCCCGGACAGCCUUCCUCAUCUUUAAAGGAAUUAACAUCCUCGUGAAGUCCAAGGCCUUCCAGUAUUUCAUGUACUUGGUGGUAGCUGUCAACGGGGUGUGGAUCCUGGUGGAGACGUUCAUGUUGAAAGGCGGGAAUUUCAUCUCGAAGCACGUGCCCUGGAGUUACCUUGUAUUUCUUACCAUCUAUGGAGUUGAACUGUUCAUGAAGGUGGCUGGCCUGGGCCCUGUGGAGUACCUGUCCUCCGGAUGGAACUUGUUCGAUUUCUCGGUCACAGCGUUUGCCUUCCUGGGGCUGCUCGCCCUCACGCUCAACAUGGAGCCCUUCUAUUUCAUCGUGGUCCUGCGGCCCCUUCAGCUGCUGAGGUUAUUUAAACUGAAGAAACGCUACCGCAACGUGCUGGACACCAUGUUCGAGCUGCUGCCGCGGAUGGCCAGCCUCGGCCUCACCCUGCUCACCUUCUACUAUUCCUUUGCCAUCGUCGGGAUGGAGUUCUUCAACGGACGACUGUACCACAACUGUUGCAACUCCAGCACGGUGGCUGACGCCUACCGAUUCAUCAACCACACAGUGGACAAUAAGACCAAGAUAGAGGAGGGCUACUACUAUCUCAAUAACUUUGACAACAUCCUCAACAGCUUCGUGACCUUGUUUGAGCUCACGGUCGUCAACAAUUGGUACAUCAUCAUGGAAGGCGUCACCUCGCAGACCUCGCACUGGAGCCGACUGUACUUCAUGACCUUCUACAUCGUGACCAUGGUGGUGAUGACCAUCAUCGUGGCCUUCAUCUUGGAGGCCUUCGUCUUCCGCAUGAACUACAGCCGCAAGAGCCAGGACUCCGAAGUGGACAGUGGCAUCAUCAUUGAGAAGGAAAUAUCCAAGGAGGAGCUUCUGGCCAUCCUGGAGCUUUAUCGCGAGGUGCGAGGCGCCUCCUCUGACGUCACCCGGCUGCUUGACACCCUCUCUCAGAUGGAGAAAUACCAGCAAAACUCCUUGGUGUUUCUGGGGCGGAGAUCAAGAACCAAAAGUGACCUGAGCUUGAAGAUGUACCAGGAGGAAAUCCAGGAGUGGUACGAGGAGCAUGCCCGGGAACAGGAGAUGCAGCAGCAGCAGCAGCAGCUUAGGGCCAGCGCGCCCGGCCCCGCGGCCCAGCAGCCCCCUGGCAGUCGCCAGCGCUCCCAGACCGUCACCUAGCCGGGUUCUCUCAUCCAGCCAGCUCUUCUAUGCAAUAACACCGUAGUAUUACGUCCUGCCAUGUAUGGAAACCACGUGUGUACGCAGACACACUCCUAUAUAUGCACAUAUUUACACAGAGACAGGAAAAAGACUAGCCAGGGCCGGUGUGAGCCGCCUUGCUCUGUCUUCCUGAGCUUCAGAAGUCGGCUUGGACGAGAGGGACCAGGCCUGGCCGAGCUCUUCCUACCACGGAACACUCUGGAAAGCCCUCUUCUCAAGAAGCCCCUUAAAUAGGCUGCGCCACCUCGGCAACGGCGGCUUUCCCGGGGUGGGGGGGAGGCACACAGGUGGGGGACCUCCCUGCUCCUGCCUCAGGCUUCAUCCCUGCAUUGUCCCCACUGGUCCCUGCACCCAUCCCAUGGGUCCAGGUCCGGCAUCGGGGAUAAAAAACCACCAGGAAGAAGCCCCACAUCUGCAGGAUGGUGUCUGUAGAUGAUAUUAAAAGGGCUAGAAGUCCCCCGAGGGAUCGGUCCCUCGGACCCUGUGGGCAGCCCGGGGGAGGCCAGGCACGUCUAGUUGGGCCUCUGCUGGGCAGAGAUGGCACCAGACGGUAACGCACACGUUCUCUCCGGCUUCUGGUCUUCUCUUGUUGCUACGGUCCGGGGGGGGGGGGUGGUGGCUAGGCCCAGCAGGAGGAAGCCAACAGGAGGCCCCAGGAACUUGGUCAGGGUACACGGAGCCCCUUCUGCGAGUCGCCUCCUCAGCAGAGUUCCGUUGAGCUGGUGCUGAAGGCGGUCCCCAGCCACCCCCUUCUUCACGGGUGCGCUAGCUACUGUGGCUGGGGAAGGAGCCGGAGCACGGGACCCUUACUGCCCAUCACUGCAGUCCCAGGCGCUACCACAUCCACCACACCAGGGCUUUUCAAGGACUCUGAGGCACAAUGAGGAGGCCUUCCCAAGGUUCUCGUGAGCUAGGUGGGUGGGGGAGGAGGAUCAGGUGAGCAUUCAGCCGCCUGCCUCCUUGUAGGAGUUGUUUGGACACCUCAACAAGGCAGGGAACAGAGCUGUGGUCACUUAUCCCACUGUUCUGUCCACCAAGGGAUGACGCGCAGAGGCAGACAGGCUUGGGGAGAGCUGGGAAAGCUUCUCCCGUCUCCGCCUGGCACCCCGGCCAACCCUGGCCUUCCACGCCUGUUGGCUCUUAGGACUCAGAGUGGACGGGCAUAGGUCCCUUCAUGGUCUCCCAGCUGCAGAAGAGGACAGAGCUAGGCCCAGCAACCCACUCACCUGACCCCGGGGCCAGGCUGGAAAGCGGGUGUUUUCACUUUAAAAAAAAAUAAAAGCACAGCCCCCUGGGAAAACCACUGGUUCCCACAGGCAGUCGGGAGACUGGCAGGGUCUCUUCAACUUUGAAGGGCUCUUGGCCUGCACUGGAGCUCAGCCUGGACUCUGGGCCACAGCCCUCUCUCUAGAGAAGCAGCUGCCUUUGCACAGCUGGGUGGUGCCUUAGCUUUUGUGUAUCAGCGGCAUUUUGGAAGCAGGAAGAGGGGAGCCCUCUACAGAGGGCCUGGGGCCUCUGAGCAUCCAGCCUGGUUCUAGGCCUUUCCUCUAACCUAGGAAUUUUAAGUACCCCUUCGCCUAGGGGAGCAGGGCCCAGGUAAAGGGACUGGUCUUAGGCCUAAUAUGGAGGCACUAAAAGCCCUGGGUUUGGCACAUACCACCCAGGUGUCGGAGGGUAGCCCAACUCCAGCCAGUGAUGUAGCCUGGGGACACCGGUCCCUGCAGGGUCACCUUGGGCACACCAAGCUGACUCGCAAACUUGCUAGCCAAGCAGGGGGGACAGACCUCACUCAGGCCGUGAGCUGAGGACCCUGGGACCCUGGCUAGCCCGGUUUGUCCCCUCCCUCAAUUCAGCUGAACGGGGACAGGAAUCUCUGUGUUGUCACAGCCUAUCAGGGGGAGCCAUGGAGCCAUGCUUCUUCCAGGGAGGCAAAGGCGGCGCUCUGUGGGGACAGAGUCCAGCCCCUCCUCCUCGCUUCCCCUCCCCCACCCCGGCCUUACUCCACACCACGCAGACAAUCAUUUUGUAUGGGGGAGCCACGUCGGAAGGUUUUAUACAGUGAUUUGCUACCUAGAAACCCACUGUGCCCAGAUUUCUGGUGUGUCAAUAAAGAGCCUCUGCUUUGUAGA